UCCGACAUGUUUUAUUCCCUACUUCCUGCAUAGACGCGGGGGGAUUGUUUAGGAAAACCUGGCAACCAUGGUCCCGACCCACCGUGGGUAACUGGAAAGGACAGGCUUCAGACGGUGAAGAAAUAUACGCGGAGCCUGCCCUGAGGUCAGAUAGUAAAAUGUCCCACAACGAUGAGGGUUACGUGGUGCGCAUCCGAGGCUUACCCUGGUCAUGUACUCAAGAGGAAGUGGCCUCGUUUUUUUCUGGUAAACUCGAGACAAAAGAAUGUGAUAUCAUAGGGAAAGUGAACGGGGUGUGUUUUACCUUCUCGAAGGAGGGAAGGCCCAGCGGAGAGGCUUUCAUCGAGCUAAAAACAGCUGAGGACUUUAAAAAAGCCCUCUCAAAAGACCGAAAAUACAUGGGCCAUCGAUAUAUUGAAGUGUUCAAGUCAAACCGCAGUGAGAUGGACUGGGUGCUGAAGCGCUGCGGCCCGACAGAUUAUGACAGCAGCAGUGGCUGCAUGCUGAGGCUUAGAGGACUGCCUUUCGGCUGCAGUAAAGAGGAGAUAGUUCAGUUCUUCUCAGGGUUGAAAAUCGUGCCAAAUGGGAUUACAUUGCCGAUGGACUACCAGGGGAGGAGCACAGGGGAAGCCUUCGUGCAGUUUGCCUCAAAGGAGAUAGCAGAAAAAGCUCUGGGGAAACACAAGGAAAGAAUAGGGCACAGGUACAUAGAGAUAUUCAAAAGUAGCCGAAAUGAAAUCCGUGCAUACUAUGAGGUUCCUCGGAGGAUGAUGGGACAGAGGCCUAGUCCAUAUGACAGACCAGUGAUGGGCCGUGGGGGCUUCUUUGGCCCUGGACCCGGAAGAGGAGGUGCUGUUCUGGACCAGAUGCGCAGUGGAAGUAGUUACAGUGGUGGUUAUGGGGGCUUUGACAAUUACAAUGGGUUUAACAACUACUGCUUUGGUAAUGGAAUGUUUGAAGAGCGGGCAAGAGGUGACCGUGGUGGAAGAGGAAUGGGAGGUCAUGGUUAUGGUGGAAGUGACUCCAGCUCUGGCUUUCACAGUGGACAUUUUGUGCACAUGAGAGGCCUUCCAUUCCGUGCAACAGAGUCAGAUAUUGCCAAUUUUUUUGCACCACUGCACCCAAUCCGUGUGCACAUCGACGUCGGACCCAACGGCAAAUCCACGGGAGAGGCAGACGUAGAGUUCGCCACUCAUGAAGAUGCUGUUUCGGCCAUGUCAAAGGACAAGAAUCAUAUGCAACACCGUUACAUUGAGCUUUUCUUAAAUUCAACCUCCAGCGGAGCAUCUGAAAUGAGUCGUGGAGGUGGAAGUUACUAUGGAAACUCUGGAAGCAUGGGAUCCAGAGCAAGCGGUCCAAGGGGCAUGUACUGAAGACACCGUUUUACAAGAAAUAAUUUUCACAUGAAAAUUGGAAAGGUUUUGUUUCAUAUAGAGGCGUUUUCGCAAAAUCAUAGAAAAUUGAAGCUGAAUAUUUUCCAGUCAGAGUGGAGUUUAAAGUAUAAAUGAAGUAUAUAAAUAAGUAUAUAUAGGUUGACCAGCUACUGUACAUUUUUGCUUAAAGAUUUUAUAUCCGAUUCCUUUGUGUUUGAGUUUAAUUAGUGUUGUCAUCUAUGUAGCUCUGCAACCUCAGAGGACACUGUGAUGGGCUGCCAUCUUUACAAUUUGUAAGCCUUUUUUCUCCUUAAAACGAUGAAUUUGGCUGUUAACCUUUUUCUUAGUCGCGUUAACUGCAGGAUUCUCGUUUAAAUUAUUGUUGCUCAUAUAAUCAUUUGUUGGCUGUUGCAUUGAAAACUUCCAAAGUUAAAAUUGUUUGAAAUUAAACGUUUGUGUUUAGUCAUUGCAAACACUUAAAUCUAUUGCUCUAUUUUUAGAUUUCUGGAAGUUUCCUUUCAGUUCUAAUCUAAUGUAUGUUGUAAAGAAAUGGCAAUUCCAGCUAUUUACACUUAUGUUCUAAUGUCUGUGAAUUAAAAAUUAAAGAAUGUUUAUAUUA